ACGGCACAGCCAACAAGCUCGAGCUGCACAACCGGUUAGACGCCCGCAAACCCGGAAGACACGCGUGAGGGAUGGGGAAGAUCUCUCAUCUCACUUGAUCAAACUUUAACCAAAAUUCACAAAACUUCGACUCCUGCCGGUCACUUUUGGUCAUAUAACAGCGUCGAUAAGGAUGGCAGCGUCCGCGAUCUUCAUCCUGGACCUCAAAGGCAAGGUCCUCAUAUGUCGAAACUACAUGGGCAAUGUGGACAUGAAUGAGAUUGACAACUUUAUGCCCAUAAUGAUGAAGAGAGAGGAAGAUGCUGAUUUAUCACCAGUGGUUAUACACGGCUCUACCCACUUCCUCUGGAUCAAGCACAGCAACCUCUACCUGGUUGCGAUAACGAAGAAGAAUACCAAUGCUGCUCUUGUAUACUCCUUCCUGUACAAAUUAGUGGAGGUGUUCACUGAAUAUUUCAAGUCACUGGAAGAAGAGAGUAUUCGAGACAAUUUUGUGACGGUAUAUGAGCUAAUGGAUGAAGUCAUGGACUAUGGAUUCCCUCAGACCACUGAUAGCAAGAUCUUACUAGAGUACAUCACCCAACAGGGGCAUAAGCUGGAGGUUGGAGCGCCACGGCCCCCGGCUACAGUAACCAAUGCUGUGUCUUGGAGGUCAGAGGGCAUCAAAUACAGGAAAAAUGAAGUCUUCAUGGAUGUCAUUGAGUCUGUCAACCUAUUGGUCAGUGCUACAGGCAGUGUUCUGCGUAGCGAGAUUCUGGGCUGCAUCAAACUCAAAGUCGUUCUUUCGGGCAUGCCCGAGUUAAGGCUCGGACUCAAUGACAAAGUACUCUUCGAGAUCACAGGCCGAGAGAAGAGCAAGUCUGUGGAGCUGGAAGAUGUGAAAUUUCAUCAGUGUGUGCGUCUCUCUCGCUUUGAGAAUGACAGGACUAUCUCUUUCAUCCCACCUGAUGGAGAAUCUGAACUAAUGUCUUACAGACUCAACACCACGGUGAAGCCUCUAAUAUGGAUUGAGAGCGUAAUAGAGAAGUUCUCUCACAGUCGAGUAGAGAUCAAGGUUAAGGCCCGCAGUCAGUUUAAGAGCCGCUCCACUGCCAACAAUGUGUCCAUCUUAGUUCCUGUUCCCAGUGACGCUGACUCCCCCAAAUUUAAGACCACCACGGGCCAGGCUAAAUGGGUUCCUGAGAAGAGUGCUGUAGAAUGGAACAUCAAGUCUUUCCCUGGCGGGAAAGAGUUCAUGAUGCGAGCUCAUUUUGGACUGCCAAGUGUGGAAAGUGAUGAACUCGAAGCCAAGCGACCAAUCACAGUGAAGUUUGAGAUUCCUUACUUCACAGUGUCAGGCAUUCAGGUGCGAUACUUGAAGAUUAUCGAGAAGAGCGGAUACCAGGCAUUACCCUGGGUGCGUUAUAUUACACAGAGUGGAGAUUAUCAACUGAGGACCAACUGAGAGAGGACAGCGCCUGUGUAUGUUGUGUGCCUGUCCUUUUUCAUCUGUGAGGCGGUUACUGCUUUUCACACAGCGGUUAAACUGAUAUUGUUUUUAUCUGAGAUCAGGUUUUACAAGUUAAAAAAGGAAGUCCACAAGGUUUCAGAGAAAACCCUUUGAAGCGAUUGAUUUUAACACAGGGGUCGUGUUACAGUAUCUUUUUACCCUUAUGUCGUUCUGAGCCUGUAUGCAUUUUUUUUUAAAAAAUGUAAAAUAAUAAAAAUAACUUUUUUUUUUUUAUCAAAAUAUAUUAAAUCAAAAUAUACAGCUAGAACAGUAUAUCAAUGACUACAUUUAUAUCCACCUUCAUUUGAGAUAUAAACAAUAUUAUGAUUGAACUUCACUUGAUGUGCAUGAUACAGUUCACAUAUUGUGUACAUACAUGUUUUCACAUACUAAAAAAACUGUAAUUAAUUUCUAUAAUUACAUUUACAGUUAAACUGUUGACCCAUCCCUUAUACCUUAGCCUACUCUUAAACCUACCCAUACCACCAAACCUGUCCCUAACCUUACCAUAUGACCAUACCAUAUGAACACAAUAAGUACAUUAUACUUAUUUUGUUAUGUAAGAACAAAGUUGUUAAGGCCACCUAAUGUAAAGUGGGACCUUGGAAAAAUCACAUUUUUGAGAGAUGUGUCAAUUUAGUUUGUUAUACUAAAAUAACACUGCAGGUUUGGAACGACCUAAGGGUGUUUUUCUUUUUUUUUUUUUUAAUUCUUCAUUUUUUUUCGAACUAUCCUUUUAACUUGUCAGAUGUUUACAUAAGCCGCUUAUUUUCAUUUCUGCUGUAGGUGGCGGGACUAUCUCUUGUUGUGAUAUGAUCUUAUGUCUAUAGAGCUGUAAACAUAACCACAGGUCCAAUGAAAUAAAUACCCUGUGCUCAAAAUCAAUGAUUAAUAAGGCAGCGUACUGUUAGGACACCGUUGUAACACUAUAUUUUCACCAGAGCGGCCCGUAUCUUCGUCUUCGGUUUGGUUUGAUUGAGCUCAUUCAAAAUAACAUGAACUCCUACACACUUUUAGAAUAAAAAGUGCAAAUGCUUAAUGACAUUAUCAUCCACCGUACAGCAAACAACAAGCUGCUUGUUGAUGCUGUUUUAAUUAUGAUUGCCUUUGUUUCUUUAAUCCACGGCGGUCAACACAUCUGAUCACACAUCUUUUUUAUAUGUCAUUGCAAGUGUUCACACUGGGAAAAUCCUCUCAGAUUUUCUUUCAUCAUUCAGCAUGCAUUGCACCACUUGUUUUAUCAGUGCGACAGUUUUUUUUUUUUUUUUUUUUGUGUGUAUGUAUGUGUGUGUGUGUGUGUGUGUGUGUGUGUGUGGAAUACUGUCUGCCACCUCUGCAGAGGCAGCGGAAUAUAUUAUUUGUCACGUCAAAGCGGCUUCCUCGCUCAUUUAUUUACGAAAGGUCAAUGGCGUGACAACAUCUGAUAUUUAUUUCACACUGAAUAUGAAAUAUGUAUUUUUGAUCUUUUUUUAUUGACAACUUUUUUGCUCAAUACUGUACUAAAGGUCAUUGUGAGAAAAUAAAUGGAUUUUUGUUUUGGCAA